AUGAUGCUUCCAGUUAUCAAGGGAACAUAUUUGCUUCUUGCCAGUUUCUUUGUGAUGAUUGCCACUGUUUUUCCCUUCCAAGCAGGAGGCUAUUCAAAAGACAUCACCGGUAAGUUUUAUCUCUUGAUUGUAAAAAAAUCCAAGCGGAAGCUGGUAAAAAUUAUCUGUUCUGUUCAAUUAGCAACCAAAAAAGCGUGAAAGCCUCUAUGUAAUCUACGAGCAGAAUUAUUACCGUCUUGAGAAACUGCUUCUCUCUUGUUUUCCGUCUAUAACCUAUUUUUCGGUGUUACAGAGAAUCGAAGUGUAAGGGAUUGUCAAACAAUUAUUACGUGCGUCAUAAAGGAGGUAAUAAAAGAUAUGAUGGUAUUAGAGGUCUGUAGCUGUUUGGUCAAAUACAGCAAAGAAAGGAAAAUUUCAUUGACUUUUCUUCCUUUCUUACAAACCAGUUAACUUCAAAUUUGUUCGCUAUGAUUUGCUACAGAAUUAUUGCAAUGAAUAGAAUUAGGGGGGUGUCGAUGUACUUAUUAUGAGGAAUUUCAACCUUAAAACGUAAUUUCCACUGUUUGUUUUGUCUAUCACGGCACUCACCAACGUAAUGUAUGUAAUUUAUUUUGUUUAAACGCCCUCGAGGCAAUAUUAAUUCAAAGUAUUAACCGGUUUUAUAUCUUACCGCGAAUUGAUAUGUAAUUGCGUGAAUUUGAAAUCUGAAUGAAACAUCUCGAAUGCAAAUAAAUGAAAAUUAUCCCGAUGUUAACUAUUCACUAAACGGUUGGAAGUUUAUCAUAAUUUUUCCAGUGAGGAGCUUUUCAAAAUUUAGUGAGAUAUGAUUAUGUUGAAAGAUUCUCUUUGCGACUAUAAUUUUAGAGAUUUGCUUCUGUGGUUUACCGCGAGGUGGGCCAACCGCGCAGUCAGUCAGUUUUGAAUUUAUAUAUUCUCGACCGCGGUGCCGUAUAUUUGCUUUGAAAGUAAACAUUAUAUAUCAUGUGUCUCUUUUAGUUUUGUUAUUUUUCUGUCUUGCCUAACUGAUAUCUCACGAUGAUAGAUCCACAGUUCAGAUACUUCACAGAAUGUGCUAAAAAUGUCUUUAAAUAGGCACAGGUGGCAAGAAACAGCAGAAACGGUUACACAUUAUGAAUUAGCUGUAAAUUUGUCUAGUUAUGAUCGCUCCACUCGACACCCUGUAUGUAUCGUGCUAAUUUGCGCCUUCACGAUUAGCAGCCAAGAUCAAUUCAAAAUUGUGAGAAUAUUUUUGGAUCUUCGAUGACGUUGGGGGCCUGGGGGUAAUUCUCCAUGGUACCCUACGGUCCACUAAUUUAUUUUCAACUGGUAAUACUGAAGCCAUAGCUUAUUUUAUAAGGAAACUCAGUUUAAGGCUAUAUUGGUAUUCUUUUAAAUUAAGGUAAAGAACAGGUUUCCCUCAGCAAUCAAAAGGAUUAUGCUCUUUUGGUAUUAUCGUUCACUAGGGAACUGCACCUUCGAUGAGAGAACAUUCUGCAGCUGGUCCAAUGAAAGAUACACCGACCAUUUCGAUUGGGUACUUGGACAAGGAAGUUCUCUAAGCAGUGACACUGGACCAAUCACUGACUACGCAGGUACAUUAGAUGUUUCAUUUUUCUGCGCAAUGUACCCUUUGAAAUAAGGUACCGUCUGGAAACUUUAUAUCCUGAUAAAGUAAAGACCUUACAUGUAUCUUAAUGAUUCGCGAGUUAACUGACGAGAUUAUGCCAUUUUCAUAUGAAGAGAUGGACCGUACACGCAGUAUGAUUGGGUCUUACUCAUGAUCUAUUGAAGGACAGGAGAUGAUGUCAUCAUUAACAGCUUUUAACUUUUUCUAUCAAACGAAACAAACAGAUUCCAUGUUGCCGCGCGUCUGUCUACCAAUAGAUAGAUCCCAGAAGACAUCAAAAUAUGGCGGGAACAACAGUGACGCACUUAUCUGCACUUCGGGUGCAGAUAUUUUUGUUAUACAGAAUAUUUACAAGGUUUUAAGGUUUUCCACGUGUAUUCUUCACUGAUGAAACAUAGCAUUACACCAUUUUUUUAUACGCAUGGCCCGACUCACACGCACAAAAUAUUUUUGCUUACGUCAUAUGACGUCUAUCAGGAUAUCCAGUCCUCUGCCGUGAGAACACUUGACUAUUAACACAAAUUCCCUUUGGAAACAAGGGAAUACCACUACUUAACAUUUCAACCAUGUUUUGACGUGUUCUAUUAUUGAGCGUAUAUCUGUUAAAUUGAUAAGGUAUGUAUUUUACGCUUCCACAGAAAACGGCUCGUAUAUCUACAUUCAAACGUUAUCCCCCCGAAAGUACGACGAGAAGGCCAGACUGAAAAGCCCGUGGAUGAGAGGGCCACUGCGGAUGACAUUUUUUUACUCCAUGUACGGCAGCACCAUUGAGACUCUCUCUGUAUAUGUUAUAAUCAAUGGCCGUGAAUCCAGGAUAUGGAGUCGUCAUGGGAACCGCUCAUCGCGCGAUUGGAUCAAAGGCUGCGUGGCUAUAAGCUACAAUGGAACUUAUCAGGUAGUUCAACUACGUUUUUCCCUAAGAAAACAUUAACACUAAGACUUUGGGAAAUGGACCGAGUGCUUUUUAUUCUUCAUCAGGGAAAGUCCAAAGGUUUUCCAGGUUUUCCACAAUUUAAGUUGCAUAAGGAUCUAUAAUUCGUGACUGGACCCUUACCAUGUCGUCUUAUCUGCUCACAGGUAGUAAUAGAGGGCAUUGCAGGUGUGACUUUUGCAUCAAGCAUUGCAGUUGAUGAACUCAUUUUCAGUGAGAACCUAACAUGCGUUUCAGAUGGUGACACUACUCCAUCUGAACUCUUUAAAGGUAAUGCUGCCCUUGUGCUGCUAAACAAGAAGCAGUUUGGCUUGAACUGUAUUAAUUAGGAUUCUUUCCACUUGCAUCGAGAAUACUCGUGUCGCUUCUUAAUGAGUCAGACUGAUUUCUCAAGGCAAAAUUUCAGGGAAGAAAACGUUCCCUUCACCUAUAACCUCAUAGUAAAAUGAAAACCCUUGCUUCUCUCUCUGAAAGCGGUAAACGUAAGUUGUUCUUAACAACAACUGAUGUAAAUACGAUGUGAAUUAAUCUAACAAUUGCUGUCCGAGACCGCAUUUUAUCGCCAUUUUUUGAUGCAAUUUCAGUGAACUGCACCUUUAAAGAGAGUUUUUGUGGAUGGCGAAAUCUAUUUGCACCUUGGGAUCAAAUCGACUGGAGGAGAGGAUCAGAAAACUCAAGGGAACAAAUUGAAGCGAGCGGUAAUCUCACUGGCAAGUAAAAGACGCCACCGCUAUUGUAUUUAUAUUGUCCACCACCUAAACAAAAUGCUCAACUUUACGGGCAUUGAUGGUUUCACCAUUGACACCACCAUUCAAAUACUUCUAAUAUGUUUACCUAUGAUGAAGCCGUUAUUUCUUAAUGAAAAGAAAAAAGUCCAUAAACUUAAUUUCGAAUUAUCCUUGUCACCUGACGUAUUCUGAUUAAUUGUCGAAGAAAGCCAAGGUGUUUUUUUUUAUGUAAUAUUCAGCUACCAUUAUUAAUUCUGUGCUUAUGCCUUUCUUUUCAGUAUCAAGAGGAAAAAAAUUUAUUUACAUCGAAGAAUCACAACCUGACAAAGUAUAUCAAACCGCUCAGUUAUCGAGUCCAUUUAUUCGGGGACCAAAAUGUUUCCGCUUCUCUUAUCGCCUUUCCGGACGUGAGGUGGGAAGGCUGGAUGUCUUCCUUCAACUUCGAGGGCAACAAGGAGAUUACUUGAUGUGGAAUAAGUCAGGAGAUCAGGGAAGUCAGUGGAUAAAGGCUAGCGUCGAUAUCGGUUAUACUGACGAGUGUCAGGUACACACAUUCUAAAGGCAGGAAACAAUGAGAUUAUGUUUACUCUUCUUUACUCAUCUGCAUAGAUUAUAUCUGUCACUGUGGUAAAAAAACAAUAAGGAGUAGUGCUCCCAGUCCUGGUAGUUCAAGUUGGCUGCAAGUGUCAACCCUCUCCACAGAUAACCUUUUCAAGCAAUUAGAUUAGACUGCACUGUCACAAAAUAAGUAAAUGAAUAAAUAGAUAUGAUUUCAAGGAUAAUUCUUAUCACAGAUUGUCCUGCAAGCAACAGUUGGCAAAAAUUGCACAAGUCGUAUAGCCGUCUAUGAUGUCAACUUAGUUGAUGGACUAUGCCAUGACGAGAGGGAAUUUAGCACCGACGUACAAGGUUCUUGUCAUUCUUCUGUUCAAAGUAUUAAAGAACCAUUUAUGAUCCUCUUGUCGCUUGUUUUUCGAUGGUCUGUCAUAAAAUGCACAUUUUCCGAGCUUUCGUUAUAACUUUCUUAUUUGUCAACUUUAAGGAUAACGGCUAUCUCAUCUCUUAUUUUUAGGGAAUUGUAACUUCGAUAAUAACAUGUGCUUUUGGAGGGGCGAUUUAAAUUUUAUCUUCGCAUGGAGAAGAAAACAAGGCAGGACAUCAAGCUUUCAGACUGGACCCAGCGGGGACCAUACUUCAGGUAAAACGAAAUAAACAGUACUUGUGAAAACGUGUGUUUCAGCAUGUGGGGUGAAUCACUUUAAGCAGAGAUCGAAGAUAUAAAGUUUAAUCUAAGUGGUCAUAACAUAAUUGAUUUUUACCCUGCAUGCUCAAAAACGAACGAAUGAAGAUUUAGCAACUGAAUCAGAAAAAUUAGAUCGUCCUAGUAUUUGCCACUCAAAAUGAAGAAUUCGUGCAUUUAAUACUAGUUUUUCUUUCGAAAGGAUCUGGUCAUUACAUUUAUAUUGAAACAUCGAGACCCAGAAAGAUGGGAGACACUGCAAGGCUAACGAGUCCGUGGCUGCGAGGACCACAUUGCAUGACCUUCUACUACCACAUGUAUGGCUCUUCCAUGGGAUGUGUUGCCGUGUACAUAAGAAGACAGGGUGCAGACAGUCUACAACCGCUUUGGCUGAGGUCCAAGAAUCAAGGAAACAGAUGGAUUCAAGGGCAAGUUAGCAUAAACGAUACUUCAAGUUUUCAGGUGGGAUGUCACGAUUUGAAUCAUAGCCUUUGCCUAACGUGGCUACAGUCAAACUAGAUUUAUCGUUUCCGCUAUAAAGUGAGUGCUCUAAUGACUUCUGCCAUUUAAUUGCGCUGUUAAUAAUAACAGUCUUCCAAAGUAUACAGAUUCUGUUGGAAUUUGUAAAUCAAGGCAUGCAUUACAUAACAGUCUGACAGGUUCAAAACUCAGGGAGAUUAAACGUUGGCUGCGACAUCGUUCUCCAAUGAAAAUAGGACUUCCACGAUUUUCAACAAACAGGAGAGCUUUGAUAUACAAUACACGUUGUCUCUCACCUUGUUUACGUGAGAUUACAUAAUAGCUAGGAAGUUUAUUUUUCUUUGUCAUUUCUAGAUAAUAAUUGAUGGCAUUACAGGCACAAGCAUUCGUGGAGACGCAGCCUUAGACGACUUCGCCUUUCAACACGGACUUUGUCACCAAUUAAGUACGGCAAGAUAAAUAUCUUUUCCGGCUCUAUAGAAAAUAAUUUGGGCACACGAUUGCGGCGUUUACUUAAUUGUUUUAUCUAUCGAGCAGUACCUUAAUAUAGUUUUGUUUAGUUUUGUGUUUGUUGUGUAACUGCUGAAAUUUGGUAGGUUAGUUUAGCCGUUUAAAACUUCGACAAGAAUCGCUGUGAGGCAGACUUAGACUUAUGAAAACAUGAUCCAUGAUUCCAUUUGAAUUUAUUAUUUUAGGUGAAGCAACGUUCUACGUGUCUUCCCUUAAGGGAAACGAUUUCAGAAUAUCCACAAGACCUUCUGGAGACAAUCUGUACACCGACGAAUUCCGAUUCGUUAUCGAACAUCCACGAGGAAAUCCGAUAGAGAAGGCUUAUUUCAUCUACCCCCAUGCAAAGGGACAUAGCUUCGUUACCACAAAGCUAGAUAUUUCUAACUAUAAUAACUAUCCCUUGGAUGUAGCUGUCCUCAAUCACAAAGAGUUGUCAACGAAUUGCAGUAGGAUUUUCUUCAUUAGCAGAGAUAGGGCUGAACCUAUGAUAACUCUUGAAGAUCCCGGUCUUAAGGAUUAUUGCAAAUGCAAGGCGAAUUUCUCUUUUUAUGCCUGCGAUGUGGUCCAAUCAGGUGAAGAAGUGAAAAAGUCUGUUUAAGUUAAAACUCAAACAGAUUUCUUUUAACUAUAUAUUUUAUGGAAGCAAGUAGAUUUCUCUGCCCCCAAUUUUUUUGUUUUUUGCGCCAUAGGAAUUCAAGAGAGAUAUUGAGGACACGGUUGAAGAUAUCUAUGCAAUUAAUGGGAAGUCGUCGACAUGACUAUUUUCAAUUUUUUCACCGUUAUAUUAAAAAAGACACCAUUAAAACAAUUAUUGACUAAUUCAAAGACGAGAGCUAUGUAUCAAAAUAAGACAAACGAGGAGUUUUCCUUUUAAGAAUGUGACUCAGUUAUCCAUAUGAUCAUCUGUCACAGUAACGUAUAUUAUUUUGCGUGUUUGAACUAGAGAAGUUACAAUGGGAAAAAAUCCACGAACAAUUUUUUGCAGGUAGCCGUUCUAUUUCUGGAUGUGAACCUGGUUGGUACAAACUAGGACAAGCAUGUUUUAUGUUUUACUUCCAAUCAUCCAAGCAGUGGCGGUUUGCUCGAAACCUGUGUCACAAACAGAAGAGCGAAAUCGCUAUAGUCAAUAGUGCAGAGCAACUAGAGGCCCUUGCAGUUCAGAGGAAGAAACUCCAGCGUGAAUGCCGCGGUCUUACCCUUGGUCUUGAUGGCAACCUACGUUGGGUUUGGAUAGAUGGUGAGAAAGCAAAGAGUAAUAAAAAUCUAUGGGGGCCAUGGCAACCAAGUGGAGAUGGUAAAUGUGGUUCUUUCUUAAAUGCAAUUGGAUGGAGUUCAAACUGGGCUAGGUACGGAUGGCGCUGGAAUGAUCUAUCCUGCACGAGCCGUAAAGGAUAUAUUUGUGAGGAACCAUUAGGUAUGCGUUAUAUAUUGGUGGCUGAUACAUAAAGGUGAUUUUCCAAAAAUGUUCUCGCAAUAGUUAUUUAUGCAGCAUAAGAUUGUUUUCAUCUGUUCAUUUGAAAGUCGAUGGAAGAAUAUUGUUCACGUGUCACAAAUUUGUUUAUUUUCCAAGACGUCCCCCUUCCUGUGGCUCUCUUUUCUACGAGUCCAACCGAUGGAGUUGUUGACCUGAGUCCAAAUGGAGCCACCAAAGCAGCAUCUAAUAACAUUACGCUGACGAGAGGUCCCUUGGGUAAUCCAGUUGGUUCCUUUCUCUUCAGUGAUUUGAAUAACAGCUACGUGGAAGUUGAAAAUGAGGGAGAACUCGAUACAAGGUUUUCGAUGAGUGUUUUUGCAUGGGUGCACCCUGACGCGUCUACCACUCGUGCUGGUCCGAUAUAUGAUUACGGUUGCUCGAUGUGGGUUUUUCCUUUAACUUGGGGACUUGAAAUUCGUUAUAUGGUGAGAGAUCGUUCUAAUAUUCACCUAUUGCGUAAGGAUGGUGUUAUCAAAAUAAAUGAGUGGAAUUUUAUAGGGACCAUGUACGAUUAUCACACAGGCGUUGCGUCUGUGUGGGUGAAUGACAGCAUGGUUAUGAACAAGUCUAUUGGAUCCAACGUGGAAUUGGCGACUCAAAGAAAUCUUAUGAUAGGAGCGUCUAACAACCGUGAGGUACAAUUUUAUGGCAAAGUUUCCUGCUUGCAGUUCUACGCCCAAGCAUUGUCCGUGGAUCAAAUUAUGAAGAUAAGGGAAAGAUGCAAUCAAACCAGUAAGCAUGUCUAAUAAUGUCUCUGUUUGGAGCUUGUUUUCUCAAAAGGACAAAACUUUUUCCAAGUGAUAUUGUCCCAAGAACCAGCCAAUUUUUAUUUUAAUUGACCUUGUUGCGUUUCUUGUUUCAGUCUCUUUUAGAAUGAAGCGUUUUAAAUUCGCCUCUCUUUUUAUUUUUUUUCUCUUUUUAUGUCUUUCUCUCUUCCUCUUCUCGAUUUCUUUGAUUAAUCUAAUCUGCCCUUGUAGGCAAUGCUCGACAUGCAGCUGCAUAACUUACAGACUCGACGUAAGUCACUUAUUCUUGACACGUUUACAAGUUUGGAGACACCUCUUUAGGUGGUUCUGUCAUGUAUGGUCUUUUAUACAUGAUAGGAUAAUACUUCACUCAACUCAACUCGUCAACCUGGUGCCUUUGGAAUAGUUUUUCCUAGUGUAGGUCAUCCAGGAACUAUAUUUAUGUUGAAGACCUUGAAGAUUUAUUCUAACUUAAUACCUCUGUACCUUUAGUAUUACCUACGACUUCACCAGAUUACAAAACCGUGGGAUGCUAUCGAGACACAAGCAAUCGUGCAAUUCCAAAUUUAGAAGACGCUGACCCUUUAUUGGUCGGUGCCUACCAGGACCGUGAAAACGCGAUCGAAAAGUGCGCCCUCGCAGCUCGCAAAAGGGGUUUUCGCAUGUUUGCACUUCAGAAUGGCGGGUGGUGUGCAGCCAGUGUCACAGCAGAAGAAACGUUUAACAAAUAUGGUAAGAGCAAUCGUUGCCGAGGCGAUGGCAAAGGAGGACCCUGGUCAAACGAUGUUUACAUUAUUCAAGGUUGGUCGAUUUGAUCCACGUAAGGUGACAAUUUGUGUUCCACAACCUCAUAAUUAAGGAUUUCUUCUCGUAUUAUCGGGGAAAAAAGAAUCCAUUUUCGAGCAGUUCUAACACAUCAAGAAAAUGGGCACUGAUGGCAAAAGAGAAAGAUUUGUUUUAUUUCACAAGUCGGGGUCAGAGUUGUUGGGCUGGAAUUGAAAUAGCGGAUUGCGUGACAAGGUUUAAGAUUCAUUACCUUACCUUCGUUUGUAAAGUUAGUCUUUGAAAUUUCAGAACUCUCUCAGUUACGUGUCUAAUGUAUACUUUUUAAAGACGGCUUUAGAAAAUAAAUGGUACUUCUCUUUUACAUGGAAUAAAAGGCAUUCGACUAAUUAAUUGAUGACUCGUGUAAAGUUGUCCUAUUUCAAAAACUCCUCCUAUUUUAGUCCGUAAAAGUGCCAUUCUAUGUACGCUCUAUUAAGCUACGUGUACCAAGCUAUGAUCAGUAUCCUUAAAGGUUUUCAGUGUCUUGGGCAUCGGCGCAAAGAAGGUUAUUGUAAUAAAAACAUUGCAUGUGAAAUCAACGCGAUCAAAAAAAAAAUGCAACAGAAUUCACAGACAUAAAUCAAUUGCCUCGAAAGCUUUCCGUUAAUGACGAAUAUUCAGCCUCACAAGUAAUAUUUGAUCUAUGAUGCUGGUUUUUCUCUAAGCAUGUUUUUAGGUGUUCUUGCCUUAUGCAAUGAUGCUGAUUUUUGCAAAUAAGUGAUGCAUAACAUACAAACAACAAAUAUUAUUGAAUUGUCGACUUAAUAUAGUUCUUCAAUUUUUUCUGUCGAUGGUCUAAGGUUUUUGCCACAUGGUUUCUUCGGAUCGUUGCGGUAUGGUAAAACCUUCUCGCUAAACCAGAUAUUAGCCAUGCUUUUUACUAACUGAUAAAACACCAGGCACGUCACUCAUCCGUUCAGUUAAACUCAGUUACUUCCCAGUGACGAAACUGUUUUAAUUAAAUAGAUUAUAUAAAUGUGGGGUGCUACAGAGACGACUCUUCCAUUCGUGCAGUUCCGGACUUAGAAAGAACAGACCCUGUCUUGGAUGGAAAUUACCGUGUACGUCAGAACGCAGUUGAAAAGUGUGCUAUUGUGGCUCGCAAAAGAGGUUUCCACAUGUUUGCAAUUCAAGAUCAUGGGCAGUGCUUGUCCAGUGCUACGGCAGGAGAAACGUUCGAUAAGUAUGGCAAGAGUGAUAAAUGCAGUGAAGACGGCAAAGGAGGGCCUUGGGCAAACAAUGUUUACGCAUUUAGAGGUGGGGAAGAUCUCUUUUGACACAUGUACAUUCAUGGGUCAAUUGGAAAUUAUGUAGUUUAGUACUUAAGCCAAAUAAGAUUACUGAAUUAUAGAUAUUGUCGUUGAUGAGAACAUUUCAAACAUUAACAAGCCACUGUUAUCGACUGAGUAAGCCCAAUUCUGAAACUAAAGUGAAACUAAAGGCAGAAUAACCCGUGAUUCUAAUUCCCUGAUAACUGUGGCGUGUAUUACAAUAAAAAACCAUAGGAUGGUUCUAUUGACAAGAUUAUUUGUUUCUUUUUCCAUGAAGUUUCUCAAUCAUGGUGCCGUCAGGGCUUUUUUCCCCUUCAUGGCGGUUGUUAUUUGAUAUAUUCCCCAAAAGAACUUAAUUGGCAACAGGCUUUGGAGCGGUGCAAUCGAAAUGGUGGAACCUUGGCCAAGAUAACUCGUGAGGGUUUGAGGUCUACUUUCUCCAAUUUAUUAGAAGAAAUAAGACGCUUGAAGCCAUAUUAUAAUAAUUUCUUCAUUGGCCUGUUGAGCAAGGACGAGUGGACAUGGAUAGAUGGCAGCCCAUUAAAUAGCUCAUUGUGGAAGCCAGGAUAUCCAACAACAAUUCAAAAUACUCGUAGCUGUGGUUAUCUGGCUGGUGGCUCAUCGGGGAUAAGGAGUGGUGCAUGUACAUGGAAGAGGUACCCACUGUGUCAGAAAAAAGCUGGUGAGUUGCUAUGGUCAACUCCUUAGUUACAUGCUAACGAUUUGAUAUUGGUAAAUGCUUCCUUUUUUCCUUUUUCUUAAUAUAGUUUUUUAAGUUUCCUAAUUUUGGCUCACCAACGCCAAAUUCAGGGAAUUUUUUAAUUUCUGUCUCGUACCAAAUAUAUACACACAUAUACAUUAACUUAUUCUUCAGGGGAUUUUAAUCACAAGAAUAUACGUAGCCAUCGUUAAUAGCACAAGUUAAAGAUGCAACCUCUGCUUUAAAGAAAUAUCACUGAUUAUCUGCCGACCUGAAUAUCAUCCCUUAACAAACGAAAUGAAGUUGUGUCUUCAUGCCGCCACAGAAACAAAUCGUUGCUGGGAAACAGCUAAACAAAACAUCUAAAUUUACCGCCACAUCAGUUAUGCACAUUUUAUAGUAUAUUAACGAUGGUUACGAUGGUUUUAUAUAUAUAUAUAUAUAAAUCUUGAUUAUAGUCUAUCCUUGCGGUAUAGUGCUCGAUGCGUUCGCAGAACGUGGAAUAUCUGAAAGUUGGACAAAUCAAUAAGACGUAACUUUUCUGUGACUCUGAGUUUCACGCUUACGCGAUCAUCAGACAGAUUUUAAUGAAGAAUAUACCUCACUUAGUUUCAAUAUAUAUACAGUAGUUAGUUAAUUAGUAAUUCUAUUGUAAUCUGGUGUCGAUGUUCACUAGGGAGUAUUUGUUCUCAUGGCGGCAUUUGGAAUUUGAAUUAAUUCAGCUCUUCUGUUAAGCUUGCUUGCUUUGUCGGCUUUAAUAAUGUAGAGUUUUUCAGUUAGGCAGAGGUUACAUCGUUUGGCAAUAUUGUUGUAGGCGCCUGCUGAAGAGAUGAUAGACUAGCUUAUUUUGUAGUUUUCAAUGUUGUCCUUGAGUUUUCAGAUGUGUUUUGCUAGUUCGGUGCGGUUGGCGUAUUUUCUGUUACGGAAUGAUAGUUUAUGUUGCGUAUAUCGUUGUUUGAAUGUUCCUUCAGUUAGUCCGAUGUAGUUCUUUCCUGUGUCGUAUUUGUCUGUGGUUACGUUGGCUUUGUAGAUUACACUUAUUGUGAGGCAGUUGUUGUCUAGCGGGCAUUAGUUUUUUUUUCUACAGUGGCAUCCGUUUUGCGGUGUGGUGUUGUUGUUGAUAAGGAUUUUCUUGUUGUUGUUGUUAAUGUUGCCCAUGUUUGGCAUGCAGCUGUAGCUGACUUUCACGUUGUUCUUGUUGAAGACGGGGUGCACAAACCACAAUCUGUAUACUCGUCCUUGGGAUUUUGCAAACCUCUCGAACAUUCAUAACAAUUAAGAAGUUUCAUUGCUAGAUACAACUGUGACAUUUUUACUAAAUUAUAGAAGGGUCAUUAUCAAACCGAAGUUUGAUGAGAAGUUCAAGCAUUUUGCAGCCAUUUGAACCUAUCCUGGCCAUAGAUCUAUCUUACUCUACUUGCUUUCGUUCUUUGAAGGUAAGUAAUGACAUUGGUUACUUAAUUGGCGAGUGAAUUCUGUUGUAGAGUUUCUCCACUUCUUCUGGAUCCAAAGCUGUAACAGAAUUUUCUUUCCUUAAUUGAAAAUAGAUGCAUAGAAAUAUCACAUGUUCUGGCUUGACCAAAAUAUUUUUCUCCGUGUUUUAUAUAUUGCUUUUGACGCUCUUUUCGGUUUAGGAAUCAAAUCCCUGGUGGCAAGCAACCCUUGACAAACCGCGGUAUGUCGUUUCUGUUUCAAUAACCGACAAAAUCGAUUGCUGUCCACGAGACUCUGGAAUCAUCAAUGUUAGUGUGACAACCAGUCAAACUGACUUGUCUCCAACAUGUUCCAAAUCGAUGGCGUAUGAUGGAACGACACAUGAAUUCAGUUUUGAUUGCUCACCACCCGCGCUUGGAAAUCAUGUAAAAAUAACGUUGACGGGUGAUAAUGUCACGUUAGUUCUCUGCCAUGUUGCCGUGGAAACAAUUGGUAAAUUAUAAAAGAUUUCUUUCUUUCUUUAUUUUUUUGCCUGUUGGUCCUUUUUGGUGAGGGAAAGAAUGAAGCUAAUUUAGCUUAUUUUACAUUCUUUGGUAUCAGCCUUCGCACUUGCUUAUAAUCUUUUGAUAGAGAUGAGCUAACGUGAUGUAAGAUUCUUCCAUUCAUCUAUUCCACUCAGCAAUUUUACUUUGGCCUGUUUCAAGUAAAACUGGACGUGAAAGUAAACACGUUUGUUCAAUGUUUGACUUAAUAUAGAGUCGACCCGAGAGGUACACGGAGUUUUACGUGAAGGAUGGUACAAUAAACGCGAAUAUGACUCCAAAAAGACGUCAUCUAUGCGUGAACAUCCUCUUAUUCAAGGUCCACCUGAAAGCCGGAUUAUUUUGAGGGAUUUUGAUGCACCAAUAAAUCUGGCAGAGAACUAUGUUCAAAGAUUGACAAGUUACCUACAGGUAUAAUCUCAUCAAAGCAAAUGUAUUUUUGCUCUAACCUGAGAUCAAUUGCAAGGCUUUUGAAGCGCUGUAAGGUACACUUUUCCUUUCGAAAAGUAGAGAGUAUCUCAAUUGAAAGGUAGUAUGAACGAAUGACUGUAAUCAUGCCUUUUUGACAUAUUAAUAUUAAGUUCAUUGUCGCUGAUGCUGCUGUUUAUGUUGUUGGUGCUAUCGCUUUUUGAUUUAAAAAAUAUAUAUUUGUUAAAAUUUGACCGAACAAGCCAAUUAUGAAAUACUGUUUUAGGUUUCUCUGAGCGGAAAUUACACUUUUUAUGCCGCGUGCGACGACAUGUGUGAGUUAUGGAAGUAUGAUGUCACAGAGACAGGCAUCAGAAGAGUUGAAAUAGAAUCUGGGGAAAGUGUGACGCCUCAACCAAUUGUUUAUGUUAAAAGAUGGACACGUUAUCGCCAAUGGGACAAGUAAGUGAUGUGCAAGCAGUACAUUACUAUGAUAAUUAUUUUAGUGACAUUUUUAAUUGUUAUUAGAACUGAUAUACUCUAAUUACUUUGUUAUUGAAGGUACCCAGGGCAAACAUCUCAGCCAAUCGUCCUUAAAAAGUGUCGCUUUUAUCGAAUGGUGAUCUUCGGUAGAGAAAAAGGUGGCAACGAUCACAUAUCUGUGGGCAUGCGUAACCCAAAUGGGGAAUAUGAACGGCCUAUUACUGGGGAAAGACUGUUUUGGACAAAACCAGGUAGGGACAUUCUGAUUCGUUCAUUUGGUUAAAGCGGAAAAAGGAAACGCACAAGGAAACAAAGUAAAAGAGAAAAACAUGAACAGAGAGGGCUUCGCACUCAUAAAAAAGAAGACAAACAAGCACACACAGAAACAAAACAGACUGUUCAAUACAACGAGUUAUCUAUGUCUCUCUCUUGGAUCCAGUCAUCUUUAGCAUGAAGCUGAAGCUCAUAACUUCUCCUAGAAGCUACUGGAAUUUCUUUUGUUCGGUGCCACUGAUUAAACAAAGAAACAAAAGAAAAAAGACGUAUUAGGAGACAAAUAUCUUCAUUUCUUAUGCUUUUUUCGAUUGAAGUGUAAAAUUUUAUUUCUAUUCAAAGGGACGCGUAUUUUAGAAAUGUCACUUAAGAAUCACAAGACAUCGAUAUCUGCCUUCGUUGGGUCAAAUUUACUCAUAACAGGUUGGUUUAUUGAUAUUGCCCUACAUCUACAAGGAUUCUCUCACUUGUAUUGAAAAUAUGGGGAAUCGGAAAGAUUUAAGUGAUCAUGAGGGAAUCAACCCCUCUAAAGGAAGUGGGAGCUCUCUACUAUCAAGAAGGAUCUUGAUAAGAUAUAAGGGUACUUAGUGGCCACACUUUUUACUAACAGUGAAAAAGUGGCCCGAGUUACAAAAAGAAAAAAAAAGAAAUUAAAAGAAACAGCUUCUUUUGUUCCAAUUUCUUUACAUAAAUUAUCAUCAUCUGAUUGAAAAAAGUUCUUGGCCGGUACGGUGUGACGUUCGGAAAUAUAUCAAUUAAAGAAUACCUUUGAGAGAGAUUUCUCAGAAGUCUCUCAGCUGAGACGCAACAAUGCGUCGAAAAAGCCUCGAACAACCCUUUCAUAAGCAUUUGAUGAUUGCUAACUCGGAAGGCGUGGUUAGGAUUAACUUUACGAGAGAAGGACGGUAGACUAUCAGUUUAGACUUGCGAAUGGAACUUUAAACUCGAUGAUCCACCAGUUUGCACUCAUAUUUUGGGAGGUAACUAAUGAAUCUAUUCUCAUAAGUUUCAGUUUCGCCAAGUAAAGAUGUAGACGGUAGAAUAGGUUCAUUAUACAACAUGUUUGGCCAAAUUUUAGGAUAUUACAAGUUUUGCUGUGAGGGAGUCUAUUGUCCUGAUUGCCCACUGGAACUGAAUAUCUCAAGCCCCGGACAAAAUCUAACAGUGAACUCAGCAGUGAGCCUGUCCUGUGUUAACACAUCAUUUGAGGUAGCUUUUAACACGAUCGAUCAACCUGGAAAUUUUACUGUGAAGGUGAGAAGCCCUCAUUUAAGUAGCUGUCAUCAUUUAAGUGAUGACUCCUAUUGCAUUUAUGGCAAGAAAAUUGACGAGACACCGUGGCAUGCUUAUUUGAAAAAUUUGGCAAGAAUAUGAAUCAUAAUGAAGCAAAUGAAUGAUAGACUUUGAAAUUGUAGGGGUUUGUUUUUCAUCACCGUGUUAUUUUGAAUAACUUGUCAUCGGCAUAAGUAGAAAUACAUUGGUCUGAACUAUUUAAGAGUAUGUCGACCCCAUCACCCUACAAAUAGAAGUAAAACAAACGCACGUAGUCGAAUCUUUGUGGCGAGAGUAGUGCAUUACUUUUGCAUUAACCAGGUUGGAUGACUACAAAUCAUUUAUUUGAUAAGGACACAGCCUUAAGGUAAAGCAAAGUGGUGCGUGCAUGAACGAUAAGCCUCACUGAACUGGAACCUGUUAUGUCUUGAAGUAAUACCUAACCCAUACGCUGUGACUAUUUUCAGGCCAGCUAUUCAUUCGUGGAACAUCCAGAGGAGAUUCUCGAGGAGCGAGUUUUGGGACAAGUAGGUCUAAAAGGUAUCUCCUUUUGCAUUAUAUAGGAUUACAAGAAUUACAAGAAUUACAGUGUCUGUGUGAAUCCGCUGCGGUGCUCUUUAACCGCUGCUAACGGAGAUAUUUUUUUGUGUUUCCUUAACAGCGGUGGUGCUAGAAGAAUGCUACUUCGAGUCUGGAAAAUGCGACUGGACUAGCCCACAUGCAAAUUCCAAGUGGAAGCUCUUUCCUGGUACGAAAUCUUUAAAACACUUCUAUAACCUUAAGUACUUAAGAAAAGAAGCGCAGUACUGCGAGCAACAGUUAAGUUUUUUUUGUAAUUGACUUGCUUUUCCUGGUAACAAAGAAUAAUCGUUGGAAUAAAAUUAUUUCGCUAUAAACCAUUCCCUAAAAGAAAUAAAGUUUGAAUAAUAAGGCUAAAUUAAGGAGAUCUGAAUUCAAUUGGCAGACUGUGAUCCUAAAUUCAGAAAUUUUUUGUUUAAACGUCGCUACGAAUAGAAAAAAGCAUUAAAAAACAUUUCAUGCUAUGAAAUUUAUUGUACACAUUUUUAUCCUAGACGAUUUUGCAUACAUUAAUGGCCCUUACAAAGCGCAGUUACAGAGUCCACCAUUACUAUGGGAACCAUUUCAUCGAGUCGUUGGCUUGUGCUUACGGUUCACUUACCGUAUAACUUUUAAAUCAAAGUCAACCAUAAAAGUUCUUCUUCGAGAACCAAGAAAAGAGGAGCUAAUUUUAGCAUGGCAGCUUAGGGGAUACUAUGGUAAAGAAUGGUCAGAGGCUGAGGUGUCUUUGCCCGGCGUAGCAGCAGUUCAGGUCUGUGAGUUAUGACUAUGAAAUUUAUUCGAUUGAACUCUUCAUUUAUUUCUGGAGUUCAUAUUCAUUUUUUUUUAUGAAUCUUUGACAUUUGCUAUGAUAGGUGAUGAUACGUACUUCAUUAAUCUCUUUGUCUAGAUUAUAUUUGAGGGAGAAGGCUUUCUUCAUAACCAAGUAAAUGCAGCAAUCAAGAACGUGAUUGUAACCACCGAGAAAUGUGGCUUGCUACCAUACUUUGCAAAACCAGGUUAUAUUUCCGGUUUUCUUUUUUUUUCUUUUUUGUGUGUUGCUGGUUUUGAGUAUGACAAGAUUGAGUUAACCUUAAACAAAAAAAAAACAAAAAAAAACAAAAACACAACAAAAAAAGGGAGCAAUUGUCACUGACGUUACCGAUUCUUUGAAUUCAUAUCGAAUAAAAAGGUUUAUUAAGUUUGCAUGCAUCUGAUGGAUGAUAAAGAGAAAAGAAAGGAAAAAACCAUAUGUUUUCUUAGCUUUAAUUGAUCACAUUGGUUUUCAGGUUUUAGUUGCGGGAAUAAACAGUUUCAAUGCAAGAAUGGCGAAUGUGUCAAGGAAAAUUUGCGAUGUGAUGGCGACUUUGCUUGUACCGAUGAUUCGGAUGAAGAUAAUUGUGAAUGUCCCUCCAAUAAGUUCGCUUGUCUGGAUGGAAAAUGUCUUCCAGCAUCAGCUGUAUGUAACGAUAUAAAUGACUGCUCUAAUGGGGAUGAUGAAAAUAACUGCCGUGAGUAAAUCUGCUUUCGCCUUCCACUUUUUGAGUCUUGAUUUCAUUAAAGUGAAACCCACUAUUUGCCAUUCCCAUCUAUGCAUGCUGAGUAGCAUUUCCAUAUAGUUUGGAAUUACUGCUUUUUAGGAAAUAGGUGCCCCUUUAAGCAUCACUGUCUUGAUGGAUCAUGCAUUGAUUGGUCAAAGACCUGUAUUCAAGAGCCUUCCUGCAAGGAUGGAACUAACACAGCAUCAGUAUGCGGUAAGUAAGGCAAAGAAAACUUCUUAACCAACAAGAUCUAUUUUUUGAAAUGACUCGUUCUUGUAUCGAGGGCCUGAGAUUUCAGGCCUCUGUUUUGAUCUCGUCGUAAUCCAUUUAUCGCUGAAAGAUAACAAAAUAAGCUAUGUGAGCCACAAAUGGACAUGAUCACAAGGUGUUAGACAUAAAAGCGUCAUCUUCGGGAAAUUAUGGCUAUUAUUUUCGGGUCUAUUAGCGUAAUGGACGACAGCGAUGUUUUUGAGAUGUUCUAAUUGCUAGAGGUUUCCAAUAUGUAAAUUUUUGUCUUGAUCGAAUGCUCAUGAACUUGUGAAGACAAAUAAGAAUCUAUUACGGAGGGAAACUUUUGUUUACGUGGAACAAAAUUCUCAACAACUAAUUGAUUAUGUCGUCAUAAUUGGCGGAAUUAAUUGUUAGAGCUUAACAGUGAAGUAGGUAGCAUGUUUCACAGAGUCAAUAAUUCCAUUGCAGGAUAUGGGAAAUGCCGCCUUAACGACUUAGCGUGUUCAUCCAAAGAGUCCAAAGAACCAACAAGAUGUAAAUCUUUCAGAAGUAAGUCCAUGGCUUUGUGUUGCCAAUAUAGCGUAUAAAUAAACUCAAAUUUAGCGCAGAGAGAAGAAUAUUGCUGGUUGUAGGGCACAUGCGCCAGCGGUGGCUUGUCACCGUAACGUUAGGGCAACAAAGAUAGAGUGAAGACCGAAAAAUUUCUGAGAUUAUAUAUCGGGAGUCACGAUAAUCCAUUAGGCAUUUCCUAACUGCUGUAAUUUCAAACAGGUUUUUGCAAUUUCGAAAAUGACUUGUGCCAACUUAAUCCGGAUAUGAAUGCCACUUUCCAAUGGACCACAGCUUCAGGUGAAACACCAACGGAGAAGACUGGGCCAAGUUAUGAUCAUAGCACGUUAAGCAAAGACGGUAAGAGGCGAAAUGAAAUGUUCCUCUUACGUAGGAAAACAAAUAAUAUCGAUCAGGUUAAAACAGUGCAUCUUACUUUAAAUCCUUACCUAGCUUGUUUUGCAUGGUGCAGUACGCUCAAGUUAGUACGAAGGCACAUUCUCCUUGUGACGUCUGUGUUGGGAAAGUUAUGCCUUAUAUUAGUUUGGUGCCGUGGUGCCGUUGAAUAAUAACAUCAACGGAAAAUCGAGAAAUGGCGUCAUGACAAGCUUUUUAUCAUCACGCGUGCACUUUUGCUUUACGGUCACUCACACAUUCCUCGGUGCUCUAACAAGAAAGGGAAUUUGGAAUAAAUUACACAAAGAAAGUAAUGCAGAACAUUUGUUACUUCAUAGGGUCGUAUAUCCAUAUCGAAGCUUCUCCGCAACGCUCUGGGGACGUGGCAAGGUUGUUAAGCAAAUGGAUGGAAUCCAACCAAUCAGCUUGUGUUCAGUUUUGGUAUCAUAUGUACGGGUCAGGUGUCGGUAAUCUGAGCUUUUAUUUGAAGACUAAUCAAUCCGAGACAUUAGUUUGGAGACUGUCAAGCGAUCAAGGGGAUCGCUGGAAGUUUGGUCAAUUUUCUCUGAUUAGUGAAAAGGCUCAUAGGGUAAGUUAUACUAAGCUUCCGAAGUGCCUUAUCUUUCGUUUGAAACUGUAAUCUUUACUUUUAUUUUUAUGGCUGGAACUGUUCUCAUUGUCUGAAAAUCUAAUUGAACAAGCAGCUGCCAAAGCAUGCACAUAAGUGUAAAUUGAUCUGAAUAUUUCAAGUCGGGUUAAUUUAUUCGCUGAUCUUGGCUUGGUGGUGAGCGGUUCUUAGUAAUUCGCUUUCUUUUAACGUACAUUGAGUUAUAUGGAGAAUAAUAACGUUAAUGAGAAUGUUUCCGCAAGUUAUGUACUCUUUUUAUGCUGUUUGCAAAGUUUGUCGUAGAAGGGACGACUGGUGAUGGACGGGAAGGUGACAUUGCGAUAGAUGAUAUGUCUGUGUUGGAUGGAAACUGUAAGAAGAUUAUUGCACAAGGUAUGGAUUAAAACGCACAGUGGGAAAGCAAAGCAAUACAAUAAAAACAUUACUUGAAAUAAUUUUUUUAACGCCGCUACAGUUCUUUUAUACUCCUGAAAUAUUUCGAGGCGGCUUCUUUAGUGAUCUUCUGAAAAAAUUUACAGCGCACUUGGCGUAGCCCCAUACCUCAGCAAAUCUGGUAACCUGUUCGGCUGAACAAUUUUGGUCGUAACGCGAUGUUCGUCGUCCGUCCUUCUGUAUUCUCGUUCACCCGAAAUGACAAAUUAUACUUUGCAUAAGCGAAAAGCUGCAGUUUACACAUGGCUAUUUAUCAGUAGAAGUGAAAGUGGAUGAAGUUAAGCGCUUGCGUAAGUCGAUGACCAGCUCGUAGACCAAAGGUGCAUGUGCCACUAAAUGUUGUUGUAACUAUAUGGAGUGCAAAAAUUCGAGAUCUGCCCUACAUAAUGUAAGCACAAGUUAGACCAAUUGGACAUCUUCGUGGGAGAGUAGUCUUGGACUAACAAACUUUGCUGUUUCAAUGCAACAUCGACCCAACCAAUCUAGCUUUAGCUAUAUUACUGUCCACUCACGAGAGUUUACUUUAAAAUGGAAGAGGUUAAAAAAACUGUGUCAGUCAAACGUGGGGAGAAAAACCCUUAAGAGGGUGAGGUUGACAGUAAGAAGCUACGAAAACUAACCAUUCGUUCUUCUGAGAUAUAAUUUAUGAAUUUGAUAAAAAAAGGUUUCUAUCAUUUCUUUCAAUCUUUAGACAGUCCAGACUGCAGUUUUAGAGAGGAUACGUGUGAUUGGGAGACUCGGGAAGGAUGGACUCUCUCUAAACACUCACCUGACCCAGUUUUACAAAAUUAUGGUAUGAUUUUAUUGUCAAGUUCGAGACUUUUCAUUUCAUUUUUUGUAGGCUGAGAAGUUGCAAUAAGGUUUAUAUUGAUGGAGGCUUUGAGCUACUGUAUAUCUUUUUAAUUCCAAGUUCUUGCCGAUCCAAGUAGGCAUCGAUGCUGUAGAUCGGGAAAAGCUUGGAAUAAUGUAGAAAUUCAGUGACUCAAUGUGUCAAUCAAAUCAUCCAUUCAAUCGAAAUGAUAUUGAUGGACAACUUCAAACGUUUGCAUUCUGUCUACUUCAAAUAUUUUAGAAUAGAAAUAACACAAUAUGAAUAUUGAUUUAACACUGGGCAAUCCACAUUGCACAUACUUGCUGGCAGGCUAGCUGAGCGGCUGACAGACUGACUUGCUCACAAACUGACUGAACGAAAGACAAACUGAACCAGUGACGGAUUGUCGACCGAUUAACAGACAUCAGCACUUAACAUAUUGAAAAUAUCUCUUAUGUGAAAUCGCUGUUAACCUCUUUCAGGCCAUAAUCAAAUCGUUGCAGUUAAUUUCUUACUUCACUGUUAGGUCCAAGCGUAUCAUUCAUUUUUCUCCGCGCCGGAGCAUCUGAAGUGCCUCAUACACUCUCGUCCCCAAUUAUAAACACUAUCGAAUGGAAGUGCUUACGCUUAUGGUAUUUCAUUGGUGCCACAAACUUGUACAAAACGUCGUUACAAGUGCUUCUACAGUCGUUAAUAUCGAACCUAUCCACACUGCUUUUCUUUGUGGAUGAAGUGGCAAGUGCGACAAACUAUACUCAGAUACCGUUGCCGAGCAAUUACAGCAAAGCAAAGGUACCAAAAUAUAAUUCUUGUUAGUACACUUGUGACAAAAAAUUUUUGCUGGCUGUAAUGACGUUUUGAGAUUCUAACUCAGCUUCUAUGUAUACAAUUCCCUUUUUUCUAUUACGAACAUCUCUUAUCAAUUGUUUCAGACAGAUUAAUGUGUUAAGAAGUACAGUCCCCUAGUAUUAAUUUAGUAAGAAAUUCCUAUACUUGUGACUUAUGUAUGAACGUCUUCUUUAAACACAAUACAGCUUGAAUUGCUUGGUAUUUAUGAAGAGUUUGGUGGCCAAAUUCUGGCCAUUGAACAAGUUUCCUUUUCAAAAGAGCCUUGUGACCCAGUUUCUUGGCGACAAAAUGGUAAGUUUACGUGUAUAAGACUUGAAAGCUAAGUUUUGUAAAUUCACUGCGUUUAAUACUGAGCGCAGACUACCUUAAGGACGACUCUUUUAUUACAGAAAAAUCUAUACUAAUAGCCUAAAAUUCAUUUAGUUUUAAAAUUCGUUAAACUGUGUAUCUUACUUUACAAAAUCGUACCCCUCUGACGGAAACUUUUUUUGAAGGGAAUGUUUGUUCGUUAAGUUAGCACUAAAUUAUACGCUUAUCUGUACAUGUAACGUUUCCUAACUUUAAAAUCUAUGAGUAAUUAAUGUCAUAAAACCUCUAGAUAUCAACGAACCCCUUGGAAUGCAAAAUGGUGAAAUAGAAGACACGCAAAUCAGUUCUUCAUCAUCAAUGGACGAGGCUCACGCUGCCAGUCGAGGCCGUCUACACUUAAACGAAACUGCAGGAAAGGCAGGCGCUUGGUCCGCCGGCACAAAUGAAAACAGCCAGUGGCUCCAGAUUGAUCUGCGUAAUAAUAACAUCAGAGUCACGGGUGUUGCGACACAAGGGAGAAACGGACGGUACGCCCAGUGGGUAACGAAAUAUAAGUUACAGUCCAGCGAUGAUGGGGUAAACUUCCAGUUCUACAAGGACCCUGGAAAUAUUGCUUUUAAGGUAUGUGCGAAAUCCAUGAGGCUGCCCACUCUUUAUGUCAAUUAUUAAUCUUUUUAGAUUAUAUCGACCAAUAUAGUAUAACUUUAUGGAGUGUAAUUACCGUCAAAAAUAAAUGUUUAAUUAUGAUAUCCACAAUUUCAGUAAUGACAUUGAGAUAUGCAAUUGUGCUAUUCCAAUGUGACGUCUUAAUAUUCUAUUUGGUCCUUGUGUUAUGACAUUAUGCCAUCACAUUUGACUAUUUUACUUUUGCAAAGUGCUGAUUUGUCACUCUACCUUGGCGAUCGGCUUUUACAAUUUGCUAUUUUGCUAUUGUAUUCUAGUAUUCUUCCAUUUCGACACUGGGAAAAGCCGUUUUGCUGUUGUGAUUUGUCAUUUUCAUAGCGCGUUUCAUUAUGGUGUGACACUGAGACGUAAUAUGAAAGAAACUGAAUGUGUGUAAUCUUUGUGGCUUAACACGGUUCGUUAUCACAUGCUGACUUCGUGUCAAGUGUAAAUUUCAAUACAACUACUUCCUUAAAGAGUCACUAUUUUGCUAAUAUAGGAUUUCGCUGGAAACAAAGACCAGGAUUCGGUUGUUUAUCACGAGCUUAAGUUUCCUAUCAGAGCACGAUUCAUUCGCUUUCAACCAGAGGCUUGGCAUGGGCAAAUAUCAAUGAGAGUUGAGUUGUAUGGUCAUCAGAAAGGUAUGUUAAUCAAAACCGUGUCAUUUUAUCUUCAAAUUAAAAAAAAUGUGAAAUUUUUUUAUUGAACCAGUAUAUCCUCAAAGGAAACCAAAAUAAACAAAACAGAAAAGGCAUAACAUUCCGAAAAAGAAAAAAUUAUAGAGGUUCACCAUGAAUUUGAUUUUGAUGAGCAAAACCAUGUGUCACCUCCAUUCUCAAAUAGAAUGCCAGAAAGCUCUGGGUAUGGAAAACAAAGAAAUCUCCGAUGGGCAAAUUCGUGCCUCUUCCAGCUGGGAUGGCAACUCUGUCGCCAGCCGUGGGAGAUUAUCAAUUAAAGCAUCUGGCCGCAUGAGAGGAAGCUGGACAGCUUCUGCGAGGAAUCCACAUCAAUGGCUUCAGAUUGAUCUUGGAGCCAACGAUACUAAAGUUACAGGUGUAGCUACUCAAGGAAGGCAAGAUGCUGACCAAUGGGUUACCAGUUACAAGCUUCAAUAUGGUAAUGAUGGAUUGAAUUUUCAGUACUACAAGGAUCAAGGUGCGGACAAGGUGAACAAAAAUUAUCUUGAUUUUUGGAAAACCUCCAUUAACAUCGAAAGUUGUAAAAUAGGGUUUGGAUUAGGGGGAAAAUUCUCAGCCGCCAAACUAAGUCAUAAGUUUAUGGCAUAACUUACAGUUUGGCAACUUUGAUAAAGUUAAUGUAACUUUCAUGCAAGCUGGCUCUAAGACUUAAGAGUUCAACGGAAAACACGCAGCAAUUUGAAUACACGACUAGCCUGCUUUUGAGUCUUGCUUGCCGUGAGCACAAGGAAGUAUGGACUGAGCUGGUCUAAAGUCAAAGCCAGCGUUUGAGUAUCGGAUUACAAGUUGUAAAAUCACUAUGUCGUUUUAUCUCUCAUUGCUUUUCUUCAAAGCGGUUUUGAAGUCUCAGGCGCGUAUAGGGUUGCUGCGAAAACGUUCUCCGAAUAAAUGAGUCUUGCUUGCAUCUACCUGAUGGUACAAGACUUUGUAAAGCGAUAUUUUCAGUUGUUGGUUUCAAAGUAAUGAUAAUAAUGACAAUAAUAACAAAUAGAAAAACACGUUUUACCAGCUCGAUCACAUAAACAAAGAUAAAUGAAGUGCGAACACACCAUGAAAAAUGAGGAUGAGGUGGUGUUUAAGUGGAGGACAAUAUUUAUCCGGAUCUCUUCGAGCUCACAUAAUUCUAGGUUAGUUUCUCAAAUUAUCGUUCAAUUUUACACGAACCACUAUCUUUUUUACCUAUACAGGAUUUUUCAGGAAACAGCGACCGUGAUACGGUUGUUUUUCAUGAAUUAAAACCGCCCACCAAUGCCCGCUUCGUUCGUUUUCUCCCAGAGGCUUGGCAAAACCACAUAUCAAUGAGGGUGGAACUAUAUGGCUGUCUCGAUGGUAGGCAACAUUUUCAUAUUUAUGAAUUGUAUACCGAGUCAUUUAGUCUUUCACAGAUCGAAACUUUUCUGGGGUCCUUUGCAAGACCCUACCUUUAUUCUUCUUCGCUUUCAUGAUAUUUUUAAGGCCCAUGUCAUACGUACUAUUUUAUAGUUCGUUUUUAAACUACUUUUUGUCAAUUUAUUGAUAUACCACCAGAAUGUCAGGAACCUCUGGGUAUGAAAAAUGGUGCAAUUUCCGAUGGACAAAUAAGCGCCUCUUCACAUUGGGACAAUUAUCAUGCGGCUUGGCAGGGUAGACUAGAUUAUAAAGGGACAUGGAAAGCAGGGUCGUGGUCAUCACGAGGUAAUAAUAUACGUCAAUGGCUCCAGAUUGAUCUGUAUAGUCCAUACAUGAAAGUUACAGGAAUUGCCACACAAGGUAGAAAUGGUCACGAUCAAUGGGUGACACGGUAUACAUUGUGGUACAGCAACGAUGGUAGAAAUUUCCAACCCCACAAGGAAGCUGGAGAACGGACGGAAAAGGUGAAUAUUACGUUGUACUCUUUGAAUACAUAUCAAUCAAGAAAGUUUAAUCAUUAGAAAGUGACUUUUUUUUACUGCAAAAGCUAUUUAGUGUUUGGAGCGUGAUAUCGCAUAUUCUGAUGUUUUGACCCUAUACGCAAGCUAGAACCAUGGCCAAUCAGGCUACAGUUAAAUUGAAACCAUCCAGUUAAGUAGUAAGAUGCAAUCUUUUGGUUAUAAGGAUUUUGGUACUAUGCAAUUUUCAAAAAAUUACCCGUGUCUGAUUGCAAGGGGAAUCUGGAUCCUGGUACCAACCAGAUCCUCCGCUGCAAGUUUUCCCAAAGUUUGACCCAAAUGGGAUGCACCAAAAUUCACGGUUCACAACAGCUACAGACUAGGUUAACAAAAGCGAUUUUAAAUGGCAGCUUACCUAGAUAGUUUUGGACACCUUCAAAUUCGAAAAUGUUUCAACCUUAGAAAGUCUAUCAAAGCUGAAGAGGACGGCUGUUACAUAACUCUUCAAAUAUGUUUUAAUUGAGGAGAUUAAUUUUAAUGAUACCUGGAGCAUUUUUUAAAAUUAUGGUUUACUGCCUUUCCAUUCAGAAUUUUGAUGGAAACAGAGACCGGGAUACAAUUGUUUAUAAUAGAAUCAACCCACCAGUCAAAGCUCGCUAUAUCCAGAUUAGACCACAGGCCUGGUACCGUCACAUUUCUAUGAGGACAGAGCUUUACGGUUGUCUGGAAGAUGUCAGUGGGGGUAAGGAAUGUAUUAACAUUUAAAGCUAUCAGGUGUGCAGAGGAUUUUUACAUUGUUGCGUACUGAAAUUGCCUCUCAAGUUGUUUCUUGUCCUUAGUUGAUGCGCUCCGAUUAUAAUUUGUUUAAACCUCCUUAUGUUGCAAACAAAGUUAUUGGAAAAUAAGGUAAUUUGGUUUAAUCAACUGAGUUGACAUUGCAGAGAAGGUAAACAGCUUAAUAUUCAAUUUGGCUUUUCUAUUUAAAGUGGAGAAUCCUACAUGUAGAUUAGAAGGUAACUAGUAAGGAAGAGAUCAAAACUCUUCGCGUAUAUCUUAACCUUCAUUCAAGCCCCUUAGACCAUGGGUUUUCUUCCCGUAGUAUCCAUCAACAUAUCAGACUGUCAACAAGCUCUUGGCAUGGAAAAUGGUGCAAUCGCUGAUGCACAAAUCACAGCCUUUUCUAUCUGGGACGAUCACCAUGCUGCGUCUCAAGCCAGACUGGAGUUUAAAGCAAAUAGGAAGAAAUCUGGAGCUUGGUCAGCUAGCAGAAACGAUGUUCAACAAUGGCUUCAGGUGGAUCUAGGUAGUCAGUACGCCAAAGUUACGCGUGUAGGAACACAGGGGAGAGAUGAAUAUAGCCAAUGGGUAAUCAAAUACAAGCUGCAGUCUGGUAAUGAUGAAGCUGAACUUCAGUUUUAUAAGGAAAGAGGAACAAAUAUAGACAAGGUUAAGUAAUUUAAUGUAUUGAAAUAAUUCUCUUUAAUUUACAAAACAAUCGGGCAGCCUACUUGUUGGUUUGCCUCCUUACAUAUUCCAAUAUUCAUUCGUUAUUACCUAAUUUAAAAUUUCUAUUUAUUCCCUAUAGCAAAUUAAACCACACAAAUAAUGAUAAUGAAAUGUAACUAAAAAAUUUAUGAACAACGACAAGGUUUCAUUGCGUAAACAGCAUAAAAUUAAAAGACGACAAAACUUCGAGACAGAUAUUGGGGAAACAAAAAUCGUUCAUAUGUUUAAAUGACCUCCUAUCAAGUCGCAGACUCAAAAGUAUGUUUAGAGGAACAUAUCAUAUCCUCGGGUUAUUAACACUUUUCCAAUUCUCUCCCCAGGAGUUUGAUGGUAACUCAGAUAGAAGCACUAUCGUUUUCCAUGAACUAGAGCCACCCAUAAAAGCACGCUUUGUUCGUUUUCGACCUCAAGAUUGGUUUAACCACGUGUCAAUGAGGAUAGAGCUUUACGGCUGUCGAGGUAAGAAUGGAAGACAAGGUUCCUAACUAUUAAACGAAACAAUUCAAUCGAUAUGCAUUAUGCUGACGAUAAAUGAAACCCAAUAUUGAUUAUCAACCCGACUUCAUCGUGCAUCAUUUGAGUAUGGAGAAGAAAGUUAUGUGCAUUGCUUUCAUUCACUAUCGAGAUACAAUCGACUUCGUAUCAUUUUGUAGUACAAUUUAAUCAUGUACCGUGAUCUACUGAAAAUAAUAAUUUUUACUUUUGCUCAAAUAUUUCGUUAAACGUUUAGAAUGUCAGGAACCUCUCGGUUUGGGAAAUAGUUCAAUAACAGACGGGCAAUUAAGUUCUUCUUCUCAACUGGACGAUGCUCAUACUGCAAUGCAGGGGAGACUUAACUCUAACGCAACCGGAGGUUCAGGAGGAUCUUGGUCAGCUAGUAAUAACAAUUCGAGUCAAUGGCUUCAGAUCGACCUUCUUGAUCAAGGUAAUAAUGUGACCCGUGUGGCUACUCAAGGAAGACAUGAUGCCAGCCAGUGGGUUACGAAGUACAGACUGCAAUACAGUGAAGAUGGUAAAAUCUUCCAUUUUUAUCGGGAACCAGGAGAUACAGCAGGGAAGGUGAUUAGACUUUGUUUGCUUGUUUUUUUUUUUUGUUUUUAGAAAAAGGAUCAGGAAAACAUAAAAAAAUGUGUAUUUUUUACUUAUCUUGCCCUUACACUUGCAAGCGAGGGGUACAAUCUUGUUAUACACAAUUAAGCCUGACGCGGUGGGGAGAUUUUUUAUUACUCUUCUUUUUUCAGGUUUUUGAUGGAAACGAAGACCAGAAUUCUAUUGCUUAUAAUGAACUUGACCCACCCAUCACAGCACGUUUUAUCCGCUUUCAACCAGUGUCUUGGUAUGGCCAUAUAUCUAUGCGAGUAGAGCUGUAUGGCUGUCAAGGUACUGAAAGAAUAACAUUGUAAACCUACUACUACUUCUACUACUACUACUACUACUACUACUACUACUAAUAAUAAUAAUAUAAAAUAAUAAUAACUUUAUUUAAGUGUCAGUGUAUUUUAGCACUGCUGUGCUAAUUGGGGACACUGUAAAUAAGGAAACAAAUAUCGUAAAUGAACAGAAACUCGUUAAAAACCCCAACUGGUAGGAGGCAGACCAGUUGGCUAUUUACAAAGCGUGCAGGAGUUGAAUUAGGGGCCACCGAAGACAAAUACCAGUGGCAACCACUGGGCCAGGCCUCCCAAACUACAACAGGACUAACCUACUGGACCUACUACCACUACUGCUACCUCCUACUACUGCUACAACUACUACUACUACUACUACUACUACUACUACUACUACUACUACUACUACUACUACUACUACUACUACUUACUACUACUACUGCUACUACUACUACUACUACUACUACUACUACUACUACUUACUACUACUACUACUACUACUACUACUACUACUACUACUACUACUACUACUACUACCUACUACUACUACUUACUACUACUACUACUACUACUACUACUACUACUACUACUACUACUACUACUACCACCACUACUACUACUACUACUACUACUACUACUACUACUACCUACUACCACUACUACUACUACUACUACUACUACUACUACUACUACUACUACUACUACUACUACUACUACUACUAUUACUAUUAUUACUACUACUAAUACUACUUCUACUUCUAUUGCUACAACUGCUACUACUGCUCCUACUUUAACAUUUACUAUUACUACUAGUUAACUUUCCUCUCUAACUUUUGUUAGAUGAUCGUCCGUGCGAGACAUCAGUGGAGUCGUGCAGAUGGAAUAUUACGCGGGGUUGGAAAAGAAUGAAAUACAGAGAUCUUGACAAUAUAGGUAGUGACGCCGAUGAUGAAGGUUGGUUGUUUUGGCACAUUGUGUCAUUCGUUAUUUUCUUUUUUCUCAAGACCUCCCUUACCUUUUUUUUUUUGUUUUUGCUCCGUUUUACCAACUUAACGCCUAAAACAAGCUUGAUAGCUUCUUACGGAGAUUGACGACUGAAGGAGGGUGCAUUUUUAAUGUUAUAUUUCUGCUUUAGGGAUAAUCAACGAUGAAGACUACGAGAUCCACUUCCCCGACAGUAGCCGUGGCUAUGUCUCAUUCUCAGACAUUCGACAGGCGAAAGGGGGAUUCACCAUCUGCUUUUGGUUAAAGACGUCAAAUGUUGGUUUUUUUAUCGAAUAUAGAACUGAGGCAUCGGGAGAUCAAAAUGAAACGCUAGUAUUUGGGCUCUAUUGUGGUAACAAAACCUUUGAUAUUCUAUUGAGAAACCAUAGAAGGUAUCGAAAAGUUUUUAUUUGUGUUUUAUUUUUUGCUUUGUUUUUGAUAAUGUGUUAUUAAGUCAUGACUUGUACGUGGGUUAUCCAAAAAAUAUUAUUUAAUCUAAAGAUAAAAAUCUGAAAUAGCCAGGGCGGAAGCUUUUUCUGGGAUCCACAUAUAUGACCGCCACCAUUCGGGCGUGUAUGGGUUACUGGGCGUUUUCCAAGAUCACGGCAUUCGCGGUUAACUUUCCAGAGUAUUUGCAGAGAAAUUUCGAACGGUUAUGUUACCCUUCGAAAUUUCAAAACAGGGAAACUUAUGAUUUUUAAAAAAUUUUAAUUCAACGAUGCUAGAGAUAUGAUUCGUUUUGGAAAAGAGAAAUGGUAACUUUUAAGCUCGGUUAUGAAGAAGAGAUAGAUGGAGUUUAUCUUGUUAUGAGCGUUUCCUUCCAUUUUUUGUUCAAAGGUCGUUAAAAGAUGAAUAACAUAUUUCUGUAUACACUGUUUUCUUUCAAAAAGAUAUUUCUCCUUCAUUUAGAAGUCUUUUGUUCAUUAAUUUUCAUACACAGUCAAUAUUCAAUGGGUAUGACAGAUGAUUCUUGGCACUACGUGUGUGUGCUACUGGACGGCAACAUCGGAUUACUAGCUGUAUUCAAAGAUGGUCACAGGAAUUUUAAGGAAGCUCGUGGGAGGGCACCCAAUUAUGAAUUUUGGACGGCUGGUAAUAGCAAGAAAAUAAAUUAUUCUCACAGGUGGAAAACAACUAAAAAAAAACCAAAGAAAAAGCAAAAGCAAAAAAAAAAAAAAAAAAUCAAAUAUUUCAAGUUGAUUUGAAAGGCGUUAGUUAUAAAUCAUACUCAUGUUACAUAUUUGAUGCAUAUUACACGUUCUUGAGCAGAAGCCAAGUGGCAACAGCGUGGAAGGUGGAGUGUGUUGGACUGUUUCCAUUUGAUUGCGUUCUUAUGGGACAAUAGGAAAUAUAAUUGAACGAGACUUUAUUCGAUUUAGCCGUUUGGUAGCGAUGUAUUUCAAAUAUGUCACUUUUUAAUUGUAAAAAUGUAUGUAUUUUGUCAAAAACCUGUAACGGAAGGAAGCCAGCAAUGAUUAUGUAAUUAUGGCAGAGAAAAAAAUGUUAAAUUAUUUUGAGCUACCAUAUAAAAUAUAUUCAAAGCAAUUUGUGUUUCGAAUACCUACAGGAACCAUGACAGUUGGCUUCAGGAAAACGAACGACAGUGACUCAGCUGUUCUUGGCAAACUGAGUGGCCUCAAUAUAUGGAGCUACCCUGUCUCAAUAAAAGAGAUUCUGCGCAUGUCAUAUGGCUGUGGAACUGAAGCAGGAGACUCCAAAUCCUGGGAAACAGUCAGGGGUAAGAUAACUGGAGAAGUUGAUGUUAAAGGCUCCAGAACAUGCAAGGACAGAAAAGGCAAGUGUUCUGUAAUGAGCAGAAAUUAUCGGUAAAGCUUAAUUUUACCUUGUAAUUAGUAGCAUGCUGUUAAUCCUGUUAAAUAAGUAAGGUAUGUCUUUUCGCUAUGAAAAUGAUAUGCUUUUUAACUUGUUUGUUUUUUCUUGGAAGGAGAAGAAAGAUUCUAAGAAAAGUAAAGACAAGUUUUAAAAGUAGACGCGUGUUGAGUCACAUAACAAAUUUUUAUUUCGAUAAUGCGGACAGUACCCUCCAAGCUUCCUUUUUCUUUAUUUGGGUAGGCACACAGUAUCAACAAGCCGUUUUGUUCGUUUCCGUCAUUGUUUAUUCGAACAUCGUUGACUACUUCAGUCAUAGGAUCUUUACGAACUAAUGAAUGUUUAUUACUUGGAGUAUAUCGUGCAUAAAUGUAAAAAUACGGCGGGACAAUUUUUACAGAGUUUGCGUACAUCCAAGGCUAAGAAAAUUGAAAAAAUGUGACUUCCUCUACCACGCGACUUUCGUUUAGAGGUUUUCAUUAUUUUGGCAAUCGUUCGGCAAGAUCUUAGCCCUUGGUCUGUGAACAAACUUAUGGUUACUGAUGAAUGAAUACAUUAAAGUUAUUUUUGCUAAUAGAACUGAACUCAAUAUGUUCCCAGGUGGCAGACUUGUGGCAGAUGGCAUUACGGCCCCCGUUAAUCAAAGCGCACUUUUUGUGAGUCCUCUUUACGAUGCAUCGCACGAUGGCAAGAGUCGAUGUCUACGGUUUCGUUACAUGCUGCAAGGACCUGGGGAGAAAGCACUGACAGUUUACCGGAAGACAAAAACGUAUCGUGAAAUACCUAUUUGGGUCUCAAAAGGCAUCACCCGGGGGAACUGGGUUUAUGGUCAGGUUCAGCUCAGCUCCAUUUCAGACUUUCAGGUAUAGAAUUGGGCUUCUUCACCUUUUCUUAGAUUUUCUCAAACGAAGUAGACCUUCUUAUUCAUUCCUUUCGUCUAAUGGACAAAACCAUCAGCUUUCCGAUGUUGGUAUAAUAAGUUACAUCAAAACAAGCCGUCCAAAAAAAAUUGUGCGGACAUAUCGUUUACAUUUGGUGGAAAUUUUUUCUGAGUUGCCACGCGAACCUUAAUCUAUCAUACUUAUCCCAUCCCCGCAACACCAACAUCGCGAGCGCACUAAUAAAGCCUCCAGGCAGUAGAAACUGCGAUGAGAUUAGUAAUUAAUUGCAGAAAUUGUUUCAUUACCGCGUAAGGUGUUUAUAAAAGCGGAAAUGGAGAGGAGAGAAGACUUGAUAGCGUUGACAGGGCUGUACAUCGACGAGGGAAUAAAUUGCAGAGUGACGCCACUGUCGGCGAAAGAAGGUGGAGUAUAGCAAUGUGAUUAGAUAGAAAGAGGAAUAAUUUUUUUAAAUCAAAUUACGUAAGGGCGCCAUUGCCACUAAACUUUGAAACAAUUGUGUUUUUGAAGCAAUUGAAAUUGUUAUCGCGCAACUCUGGGACGACACUGCUGCUGUUAUUUGCGCUCAUGAGGCACUGCACAUGUACUUCGUGUCUAAUGAUAGUGACACCGGUCAGGUUGUUGAGGCAGACACUUCUUAACAUUCUCGCCUUCAUCUGUUGUUUCUCUUUCAGCUUGCCACGAGAACUUAACCAACGAAAUAGGAUAUUUCUUCUCUCCUUCAUAUCCUGGAAAUCUUCCAGAUGAAACUUUUUGCAAAUGGCACAUCACUGUCCAGAAAAACCACAUCAUUCGUUUGGAAUUCCAAGAGUUUUUACUCACGAACCACCCCACAUGCGAGAGGUGUUUCCUUCAAAUCUUUGAUGGACGUGAUUUAUCUGCGACCGCGAUAGGAAAAUUUUGCGGCUAUAUGCAUCCUCCAGUUGUCAUUUCCUCAUCAAAUCAUUUCACGAUUGUUCUCCGCUGUGUUGAGGGUUUGCGAAUGACAAGAUUCAAGGCCUUUUAUCAUUCUAUUAGAAGUAUGUUAUAUCUCAAUGAUUUUAAAUUUCGAAAAUAUAUCGACCUGUUUUAGAUGUAUAAAUCUUUGUAAAAUUGAAUUUAAAGUUCUGGAAUUAAAAGAUAAAAAUGCAAUGGAUGACCAAAUCAAUGCAACUUGCGGUUGAAGUAGGCUUAAUUGGUGUUCGGGUCACUUUCCUAAACAUUAGGUGGAUAUGUUUUUUGGUGAAAUAUGAAACUUUGUCAAUUAGCUCGCGGCAGAGAGUUUGAUGAGGUGCAGGUAAAAUGCCAACCGAAAUGCGUAAUGGCGUACCUUUAGCGAUAUUUGAUUUUCCUCUCACUUCUCUGCAUCAGAAUUAAUGGUGCUAAAUGAGAAAACCGUAUGGCAAAAUCUGUGCUUGUUGUGAGGGAUAUCACAAUUUCCGAGUUUGAGAUUCCACUUUGGGAAAAAGAGAAGUUUUGAACCGUAAUAGGAAGGGUAAUAUCAGUGACUGUGACAAAGCCAUUAGGGCUAGUCGUAACUAAUGCCUUAACUGCAAAUUGGUGGCUAUAUCUACGUUUUCCAUUUUUCAGCUCAAGAUUGGGAAGGAUCGUCUUGCUCACUUCAUCGAGGUAAAUGAAUCUUCAUCGAUAAACUGACUGCUUGAAAUAUUUUUUUUCCAGUUUUUAUCCAAAUCGUGAAAAGGAUUGAAGGAUGAUGUUAGAUAGUAACUGAAUGUCGAAAAUCGUUUUUAGAAUGCCCAUCAAGCUGCGAGUGUAAGGAGUUUGGUGAAGUAUACGACAAGAGGAUUCUGGUUAUUGGAGAAAAGUUGCUGGCUGUACCGAGUAAUCUUCCUUCAAAUACUGGAGCAGUGUAUGUUUAACCGUUUUCCUGGUUACCAUCAUUAUCACUACUCAUUAUACUUACAAUCACCCAGUCCUUCUGCUUACGUACACGAACUAAUUAAAGAGAUUCGGCUUGAUGUCUACGGCAAUGGUCAAACGGCAAACAACAAUAUUGAACUCGAUAGCGCCUUUUUCCAGCCUUUUGCUUUCUGAAGUGGAAAUAUUUUGACGUGAAAAAAUAAGAUCUAUGUUCACAAAAGGUUAUUAAACAAAAAACCGAUCCUAAUGUUUUGUUCAUUUUAGGGUUAAAGGAAAUUUAAGCAGUAAACGUCAUGCGUAAAAUCUCUAUAUUGUUUACGUGCACACAUUAAGCUGUUUAUUGAUAAUUUUGGCAAGGGAGAUUACUCUGAGGGACUUUUUUUCCUCUCUCAAUCAUUUUGUUCAGUGAAUUAUAGCCUGCUGCUAAGGUUUCCUUGAUUAUUUACUUAAGUUCAAGUUCAGGUGAUUCUGUAUGAAGGCCAUAUUUUUACUGUACAAGAUAAUGUGUCUCUAUUACAAUCAUAUUUACCAGGGUUUUUGGUCAAAAUUGGAUCUCUCAACUUCGCGAGAAGGAGUUUUCAGACCUUAUAACACUCGAGUAUAUGUGAGUUGAACGCCAUAUUCUCUGUUUUUAUAAAUGUAGUUUUAGGUUUUCCUUGAAAUGCGAAAACCUUUAAGAUGUCAAAUAGAUGUAUGUAUGUUUAACCAACCCUCUGAUUCUUCACGCUAUCUUAAGGUUCGCUGAGACAAAAAUGAUAUAUUUCAUAGUGUACCACGAAUUUUAUUCUGCGGUCUGCAGAGCAUAAUUAGAGUAGGACUCUCCAUGGUUCUGGCUACAUUCAAUACCUUGAAAGAUCUCCGAAAACAAGUUGAAUAAUUCUACUUGAAAAACCAUACAUUUUAGAGAUAUCAAAUUAAUAGGUUACAUGUUCUCUUUAAAACAGUGACCUUAGCUUCAAUAAUCUGCUCUACCUGGAUGAAGAGUGUUUUCAUAACGUAUCUUCUGUUACUACGCUGUGAGUAUUUGAUGGCGAUUAUAGUUUAAUAAAUAUGAAUUAGUGCAUUCCAGAGAAUCCUUAACAAUAAAUUUGUUAGCGAAGUUGUCAUCUUUCUCAUCUCGAAUGUCCCCAUGGCUGAUAGGGAUAUUCCUCCUCAUUGCUUUAUUCGAACCAUUAUUAUCCUGAAGGCAUCAUGGGAGAAAUGGGUGGCCAGGGUAACGUAGUAUGCGUUGAUGGGGUUGACGACGACUCCUCUAGAUAAGACAAGUUUUAAGGACGUAAGAGAAAGCAUAGAUCAGUGCUCCAGAGGAGAUCUUCUCAAUGCAUCCGUCUCGCAUUAUCGCUUAGAUUUGUUGAAAGGAACUGUUAGAAUCUUACUGACAGGCUUGCUUGUGUUCUCUGCAGGAGACUGAAUUCUAACUUUCUUCGAAUUCUUCCUAUUGGAGCAUUCAGCGAGCUCCCUAAUUUAAAAGUCCUGUGAGUAUAUCCAAAGAUAAUCUCAUUCUUUCACAUUGCAUAACAUCAUGAAACGACGAUCGACAAGAUCUUGAUUGACUGGGCUCAAGAAACUGUCUAUUUUAUUUCAGUGACUUAGGAAGUAACCUUCUUAGCAGUAUCAGAAGUGGAGCGUUUGAUGCACAGUCAAAUUUGAAUGUUUUGUAAGUACUUAUUUUCAAUAAAAUUUGAAAGCUGACAAAGAUUGAGAAACUUUUAAAGCAUUAUUUUGGCUUUUUUUUUAGAGGUUUACGCGCAAACCAACUGACGAAUUUGCAGUAUGGCGUUUUUGACAACAAAAGCAAGAUGACUCAUUUGUAAGUAAAAGGUUUUCUUUUGUUCUAAGCCAAUCGCCAAAGUCAUACCACUGUUAUUCAAAACAAACCGAAGGGUCAUGAUAAGGAGUUUAGUUACAAGGUGAACUGGAAGUCAUAUGUCUAACUUAAUACUUUAUAAACCAUAUUCGAAACGUAAUAAUGGACUUCUAAUUUUUAUAAGGUACCUUCAGGAAAACAAGCUGACAGCAUUGCCAAAUGGCUUGUUCAAAGAUCUCUCGAAGUUGGAAGUCUUGUGAGUGCUGAAAAGCAAAUUAAUGUCUUCUCAAAUUACACUAUCUGCUGUAAAGGGAAAAUUUGAUAACUUCUUGUUCAAACCAUGAUAGUUUUCUUAAUGGAAUUUUGAUUGUGCUUAUUGUUUAAAGUAGGCUGAGAAGUGACAUUGAGAUGCACGUGAAGAGGGUUUUGGCUGAAACAAAUUCGCCUAUAAAUCGUGUUGAGAUUUUGUUUAAUGUCUCUCAUUCGACAGAAAUCUAAGCAGCAAUGAGUUGAAAACAGUGACAAAGGAAACGCUUCAAGGGCUCAGUGCACUGAAAUAUUUGUAAGUAGUUUGAAUUUUCAGCCUUGAGGGAGUCUCCCUGUGGUAAUUUCUCUCCACUGAAGUACGGUGUAGGUGUAAUGUCCGUAGAAUAAAUGAGGUCAGUGGUAAAAGAGAAGUAAAUUACAAUGCUCGACCGGUCUGAGAUUGAACCAAAGGACGUAUUAACUAUCAAACGCUUUUAUUUGAGUUCACCCUUGUUCAUCAGCUUAAGUGUGGACAAUUCGUUUUCCAAAUAGCUUAAGACCAUUCUUUGUGCAAUGAUUAAGUAUUACUCUUCUCCAUUUGAUCAAGCCUGUGUGCAGAUAUUCAACUUCAAAUAAAAACUUUUGAACAGAUCAAUCAAGUGUUCUUCUUGCUUGAUAAAAACAGGUACUUGGACAACAAUAGAUUAGCUAAAGUACCUACAGAUGCAUUCAACGAGCUGACUAGCCUCAAGUAUCUGUGAGUAUUUUACAAUUGACAUUGUAAUAGCUACGUUUUUUUGUCUAUCUAAAAUGGAUACUUCAUAAUGAUAGAAAUUGUCAGUCGACACUAUAUAUGGGUAUUUAUAUUAUCCAACGUAUCAUUUCUUAUUUGAUUGAUGACAUUGUAGCUCAGAUGUAAAGUGUUUUCGUCUUGAAAAAUCCCCACAGGAAACUAGAUCGUUUCAUCCUUUGUUGCUACGCUAAGAAAUCCGUGGAAGGUAUUACUUGUGAUUCUCCUUCUGAUGAGUUCUCCAGCUGUGACGACCUCAUGAAGAACAAAACGCUUCAGAUCUGCAUUUGGAUUCUUGGAAUCCCCGCCUUCCUCGGCAACCUUCUUGUCAUAAUAUGGCGAAUAGUUGAUAAAGAAGAGAACAGGGUUCAUUCAUUCUUGCUAACAAAUCUUGCCGUAGCCGACAUGUUUAUGGGUGUCUAUCUUUUGACAAUAUCAAUUGUGGACGCGAGAUGGCGGGGUGAAUAUUUUAAGCAUGACACAAAAUGGAGGGCUGGUAUAGGCUGUCAAAUUAUUGGAGUCCUAUCCAUGCUCUCAAGCGAGGUAUCUGUGCUGAUUUUAACAGUCAUCACCAUGGACCGAUUUAUUUGCAUCAUCUUCCCUUUCAAGUUCAAGCGUCUUACAUACAAGUCUGCCGUAUUCACCUGCGCAGUCGUAUGGAUACUUGGCGUAGUCAUCUCCGUGAUACCAAUCACCGGAAUAGACUAUUUUUACGAUAAAAGUGGUGAUUUCGGUUUUUACGGUCGAUCAGCUGUUUGCCUUCCUCUUCAGCUAUCUGAAGGAACCCCUGCCGGCUGGGAAUAUUCCGCUUCUUUUUUCAUCGGUUUAAACUUCGUUUCGUUCACGUUUAUCUUGGUGGCGUAUAUCUUAAUGUUUUGGACCGUCAAGCGCGCUGCCCGCGCUGUUCGAUCAACGAGUAUGAACAAAGAAUCUGCCAUGGCCAAGAGACUUAUUUUUAUUGUGAUGACCGACUUCUGCUGUUGGAUGCCUAUAAUAAUUAUCAGCAUUUUGUCACUGACAGGAAAUUUCUACGAUCCGGACAAAAUUGCCUUCGUGUGGAUCGCAGUGUUUGUUCUUCCACUCAACUCUUCCCUUAAUCCAAUCCUUUAUACAUUUUCUACCGAGAGAACGAAACGAAGCUUAACCAGAAAGGGGAAAAAUGUUACCGGCAUGGUCAUGAAGUCUCUGAAUAGUCGCGCUCGAGGUGGGUCGAAAAAUGGCAAGAUUCACAUUUUUAUAUUGAACUGUUAUCACAUUUUCCAUGGACUUAAUAGGCGAUGAUUUCUUUGAAAAAAUGCACUUUUGUUUUUAUAUCUUAAUACUUUCAAAAUCUAUACUACUCUACUCUGAAAGUUAUUACAAGUUGCAUAUUUAAAAAGACCUCCCGGAGAGCUGAGAGCUCAUUAUGAAGUCGUCAUGGUUCCUUAUCUGAACCUUUUUUCCAAGUUGGCUACGAACUCCGUUACCGUGUCAUCUUUUCCUGUCUAUUUCUAGAUCAAUCUAAGGACUAUUUGGGAACGUAUGCUGAAAACACUUUAGUCUCUAUUGCUGAAUCCAGUCCUCGACCGGUUAAAAGAAUUGUGGAAAAACAGGAACAGCAAAGUAAACAAGUGAAGACGAAGUUAAAGCUGAUCGAAGUAGUGGAUAUCUUUAAAGAAGACACUACAGGAAAGCGUUCAACGGUAAGAACCUUUCAAAGAUAUAUCACUGAACUUUUCGAUAGAUACCUACGGAAGUAAGUUAAAGGUAGGUUUCUAACGUAAAUGUAGCCUUGUCAUUAUAAACCGACCAUGAAUACAUCGACCGAUAUUUCCGUAAGUGCUCCUAUGAACGGUCCUAUUAUGCAAACGCAAAACGAUAUUGCAAACGAGGAAAUUGUGUCCCCUUGAUGUCUCCUUGCGAUGUAGGGUUACGUCACAGCUUGGUGCGAGGAAGAAGGAGUACUUGGUAUGGUAUUACUGAAGUACUUCGGAAAGGAAAUGAAGGAAGACUGGACUCGAGAGAUAGAUAUAGUUCAAGGUCUGUCUAUUAAUGAAGAACAGCAAGACAAUCUUCUUCACUAUCGCUGGCACUCUAAAGGUAAGUGAACAUUUUUAUUAAGAAUGCAUCUGACAUUUCUGCACAUGUAUAUGAAAAAUAUACACGUUUCGCAGAUUUAGCUAAAGAAGGCGAAAAACCAAAAUCCACAGCAAAACAGGAGAAGCUCUGAAGGGCUAUAGUUUCUCGCUCAAAACAAGAGUGCCAUUCAUGAACGGAGUAAACUUAGUUGACGAGGUUUUGAAUUGAAAUAAUCUAAAUGGAUCUGAUGAUCUUCAGUAUAGUGGCUAAGUUACGUGUCUUAAUAGGCAGAUACAAUCGAACGGCGUGCUUAUACAUACUAAGUAGCAAGGGGUGGAAGGAAAGGUGUAACGGAGUAGUCAGGUGCCAAUAAUGGUAUGGCUUUUUUUAGUCUUCAAUCUUUCCGCGCACUACAAGCUUUUCCUGGAAAAAGCUGAUCACACGUGAUUAAUUCUAGGCUGAUUUUCAAGUUUGACAUAUGUAAGGCUUGUGAUACUUUAUACUAUAUCGUAAGAGAGGCAAGGGAUUAACAGAGUAGAAGUAAAUACCUAGUUUUGCUUCAGAUAACGGUGGGCUGCUAAAUUUCUGAGUGGCCUUUUCAUUAUAGUGCUGUUGUUGAUUUUCAGCGUCUGAACAGAGUAUCGAACAUGGCAAGAAGAAGAUUCAUGGGAUACAAGAAAGUAGUUGGUAGGUUAUCAUUGGCGUAACUCUGUUCAUUUAAUUUACGGUAAUUUAAACUGUAGUUGUCUCGUUAUACCAAAGUAAGAACAUGACCGAUGAAACUUUGAAUUAUUUUAACUUAAUUUAAUUUUCAUUUUGUAAUCCUUGUUAACAUUGUGAGUGUUGAUUGAUUCCAAAAUUUUUACCUUACGUUCUCCCCUUAAUUAACUCUUCAUUUCCUUCUGAAUUUUUUAAGGCUCAUUUGUUACGAUUUUGAGUCGAACUCCACUUUAGAAGAUUUUCUUUCGGAGAAAGGGGUUGUUAUCGACCUCGACGCGGUAUGCGCUGUAGCUUGCGACGUCAUCACCGCCAUAGAACAUCUUCUGGAUCAUGGAAUAUCUCAUAACAACAUCACAACUGGCAACAUUUUGAUCAGAAAGUGUCCGAGAGUGAGUAGAUUACUGAUGUUUUAGGCCAUCAAAUUAUCCUCGCCUAAUCUCGCCUAAAGUCUCUCACGAUAGAUGCGUUGUGGUGCCAACUCAUGUCUAAUGAACAAUAAUAGAUGAAAUGUAGAAGAAAAUAAAAACCGUGUGUCUUAAUGUGCAGGACAACGCUUUUGAAAUGGGUUUCACCUGAGAAAGUUUUAAAAUCGUUUUUGUACACCCCUUCCAUACAUGUCGAGCCUCAUUUGAUAUUCAUCUAAAAUUAGUGUUUUUGGACUGGCUAGCAAGUGAGCUAGUGUAACGAAGUAACAAUUUCACCCAAGAGCGUGACCAAGAAAGCUUUUAAGCGUGCAAAUAAAAGAUUGACGAUUAUUCCCGCCGUCACGAAUGAGGUCUAUGAAUUUGACACGAUCGACGCGUUUUACAGGUACCUCCGAUCAAAGCCGUUCUGGGUGGAUUUUCUCAAGCGUCUAAAGCAAAUGAUGCAGGUGCGUUCACAAACUCGGCGGCCGACAAACAGAGUUGCCAUAGCCACGACAUAAAGCAGUUCGGACAUUUACUAGCAACCUUACUAGGACACUGCCAUGGCUCCAGUGAAUACGUUAAGGUAAUUAUUAUGAAGUCAGUGUCAGCUGGUAUUUAUGACGACCUAGAAACAGCUUGGUUGAUUAGCAAAUACUGAUCCCUGGUUAAAGCAAACGGUCAAGAUUAAGAACCGCUCGUAGAUAAUUUACCACAUUUUAAUUGGUUUCCUUAGCUUUAGUAAACACGAUAAGCUGGAAUCUAUUUUUUUUAACUAUUCAGUGAUACUUAAUUAACUGCGGUGCAGCAGGAUUACGGAAAAAAAUGACCUUGACAAGUGUUCAAGACCACACCGGUCUAUUUUGUCGAAUUAUCCUGCCACGUAAAGGGCGUUGUUAUCGUUAAUCUCGCCAUCAGUCUCAUGGUAAAAGUUUAACUCUUCUCUUGAUCCAGCAACAACAAAUGUCUAUGCUUUGUAUAAAGCUGUAAGUAAAGAUACAGUUCUUUUAUGCAAUGUACAUGAAGCUGCCUGAUUAAAAGCAUAACUUUCUUUUUUUUUGUUCAUGUUCUGUAGUUGCAUGAGAUUAUGAACCUGUGUUUCGAGGAUACAGAGGAGAAGAGGCCCACAGCAUGUUACGUCCGCGAAGUAUUGGAAGAAACCUGGUGCGCUGAGGGGGUUUGGGAUACAUACCUAUGA